CACGUCUUGGCAUUCGCCCAUUUUGAUCGCACAACAUGUAUGCGCUCUUUGUGGCGGCCAAGAGCAUCGUGAACGACACCAAGGGCACCUCGAUCAAAGAUAGAUGCCACGGCUGCCACCGCGCAUUCGUGCGGGACCGCAAGACCUCGACGUGCCGCCACUGCGUCCAGGAUUAUUGCACUUCGUGCAUCGAACGACAAAAGGGCCCCCGACGAGUUUGUGUCAAGUGCUCCGACAGUCGCAGCAGCUCCAUGACCCACCCGAUCGCUCUGCCAUGCCGGCAGCGAUUUUAUGUGCACGACGUCCGCGCACGACAGCGGAUGGAACUGGCCACCAGCUACGAGCGACCCACGGAAGACACGUGGUCGAGCGACUCCCUGUGCAGACCCAGCGAACUCAGCCCCCUCGCCACCAGCAUGAGCUGCGCUGUGGACAAAUCGUCGUGGGAAAUUUGGAGCGAGGAAGACGACCUGGCUGUCUCGCACGCAUCCGACUCGUCGUGUCUCGAAUGGCGCGGCCACACAUCCGUUCUCCUGGAACCUUCCGCUACCACCAGAUGCACCAACAGACCACUUUCGAGACCACAGAUGAACCCUGCCCUCCAGUUCACACCCGAUGGCACAUUGGAGCACAGGGAUCUCCACUGGAGCCUCGCUAUUCCGCAGCAUGUCCCACACGGGUGAAGGUCUCUUGAUCCAAACCGUGUUGCGCCCGUUCUGUGGACUAGAUAUAGGAAAAUGUAUAUAAAUAUAUGAAUCUGAG